CGGCCGCGGGUUUCCUGUGGUGGAAGUAUUUCAAAGAUGGCGGACGAACAUAAGUCUUCAUUACACGUGGGAUUUAUAGGGGGAGGAAAUAUGGCAAUCGCUUUGGCGAAAGGGUUCAUCUCAUCAAAAAUGGUGAAGUCUGAAAACAUCAUUGCAAGCGCGCUCACAGAAAGGACAUUGACCCAUUGGAAGGAAAUAGGAUGCAAAACGACAUUAAAAAAUUCAGACGUUGUUGCUCACUCUGCUGUCCUUUUUAUCGCUGUUAAACCACACCUUGUACCAACAGUAAUGAAAGAAAUUGAUAAAUUGAUUACAGAACGCCAUCUUGUAGUUUCUGUUGCAGCUGGAAUCCCACUUAGUUCAUUUUCUAAGCAUUACGGUCUUGAGAGGGUGAUAAGACUGAUGCCAAAUCUACCUUGCUCGGUGAAGCAAGGUGCUGCAGCGUUCUCAUGUGGUGAAAAGGCUACAAGGGAGGAUGCUGAUCUUGUACAUCAACUUAUAUCUACAACAGGUUUUGUUGCUGAAGUCAAAGAGCCACUGAUCGACACUGUGUGCGGUGUUGCUGGUAGCGGGUCAGCCUUUGUCUAUGUCGUCAUAGAAGCCAUGGCUGAUGGUGCCGUCAAGGCGGGGCUACCAAGGGUACUGGCCAAUCAGUUUGCAACGCAAGCUGUUCUUGGAGCUGCAACUUAUGUUAAAGAGUCUGGGAAGCACCCUGCUCAGCUAAAAGACGAGACGUGCUCACCUGGCGGCACAACUAUCGAUGGCAUCUAUCAGCUUGAGAGGGGAGGGGUGCGUGCAGCAUUUAUCGAUGCUGUGACAUCCGCCGCGAGUAAGGCCCAAGAGCUAGGCAAGAAAUGGCAGUAGAAAUAAACUAAAAAAAACUCUA